CAAGCCUCCACACCUUCUCACAAUCAUCGAAAUACGUCAAAAUGUCUGGUCACUGCCAUGAAGAUCACGACCACUCAGGUCACGGCCACGAUCAUGCCGGACAUGAUCACUCAGAUGACAUAACGCCCGCUUUGCAAUACUCGCUGUACCAACACAUCAGCUUCGACGACAUCACCACCAGCAACGAAUCCGAGCCGCACUCCGGAAAGGCGAUUAUAAAAAAAACAUGGGCCGAGCGACUGGAAGCUGAACCGGAGCUAGAGAGUGACGCCGACGAGCAACUAUUGAUGCACAUUCCCUUUACAGGCCAAGUCAAGCUCCACUCGAUUCUAGUCCGCACCUCCAACUCCUCUUCAGCUCCCCAAACUCUCAAAGUCUUCAUCAACCGCGACGACAUCGACUUCUCACUCGCAAAUGACCUAGCCCCAACCCAAGAUUUCUCCCUCUCCCAGACCUCCGAGAUCCAAGACAUCCCUGUCAAAAGAGCUCUCUUUGGCAAGGUGCAGAGUCUGACGUUAUUUGUGGAGGACAACUAUGGAGACGAUGUGACGAGGAUUAGUUAUCUGGGGUUCAAGGGCGAUUGGAUGCAGUUGGGAAAAGCGCCUACGAAUAUUCUGUAUGAGGCUGCUGCGAACCCGGCGGACCAUGCAUUAAAGGGUACGAAUGUUAAUCAGAUGGGGAGCAGUCUUGGGGGUGGACAUUGAAACUAGUGGUCCUUGAACAAUGACUGGGAGAUAGGCAGUUGACUAGGCAAAAGGUCCAGGCAUAGUAAGUACAUUUAGCUGUUGGCUUACAUAUGUGACUUUGAUGGCGUUUCCGGAAAUGGAUCAGGCGAGUGAAGG